CCUGCUGGUUAGUGAUUACUACGGUGUGAGUUUCCUGAAUGUGAUUGGCGUUCUAGUAAUUACCAGAGGAAUUUACACUUGCUCAGUAACAUAGCAGCUACCAGACACCUGGGUUCCGGGUCAGCCUCUCCGUCUGAGUUUAAAUGCCCUGUUUUCUCAAAGCUGCAGUAGGAACUUGUUUAAUCUGCAUUGAAAUCAGACAGGACGCUGCCAUGAACCAGACAGGCUGCCCCGAGGUCAAGGUCCCAUUUCCCGUCUUCUUCACUGUUGGAAUCGUCAGCCUGGCUGAGAACCUGCUGGUCGUGGUGGCGGUGAUGCGCAGCAGGAACCUCCACUCGCCCAUGUACUGCUUCAUGUGCAGCUUGGCUGCAUUCAACACCAUCGCUAGUGUGACAAAAACCUGGGAAAACCUGAUGAUAGUCCUCGCUGAUGCGGGACACCUGGAGAGGAGGGGUCCUCCUGAGACCGACCUAGACGAUGUGAUGGACUCCCUGCUCUGCAUGUCGUUUGUAGGCUCCAUAUCCAGUUUCCUAGCCAUUGCUGUGGACCGUUACAUCACCAUCUUCCACGCGCUACGUUACCACAACAUCAUGACCAUGCAGCGAACGGCAGCCAUCUUGGGGCUCAUCUGGACAUCAUGUGCAGUUCUGGCUGUGCUAAUGGUGAAGUUCUUCAACUUUAAGUUCAUCAUGAUCUGCUUCAUCAUCUUCUUUGUCGUCUCCCUAGCAGCCAUCUGCUUCCUCUACAUCUACAUGUUCAUGAUGGCCCGCAUUCAUGCCAAGAACAUCAAAGCGCUACCCAGUGGCGGCAGGGACAAGUCUCAGCAUCAGCGGAGGUGGGGCAGCAACAUGAGAGGCGCGCUCACUCUCACCAUCCUGUUCGGGGCAUUUGUGGUGUGUUGGGCGCCGUUUUUUGUCCACCUGGUCAUCAUCACAGUUUGCCCUAUGAAUCCGUACUGUGAAUGCUACCGGUCCUUGUUUGAGCUACAUGUGGUGCUGAUGAUGAGCCACGCCCUAAUAGACCCGGCCAUCUAUGCUUUUCGCAUGGCUGAGCUGCGGCACACUUUCAGAAAGAUGCUGUUUUGCUCAGAUUGGAAAUUGUGCUUGUGACAGAAAUGCAUCUAAAGUUUUAAGCUUCAAAAUGUUUUUCACCCACAGAAGAAAAAUAGGUUGCACUGCAUUUUGAUGACUGCGCAACCUUAAACCUGUUCCCCCAAAAGCGCUUUAUUCCCUGUUGUGCUAAUUAUCAUGUUUGUCUUUGAGUCAUUAUUGGCAGGCAUUAGGACACAGUGUGGUUCCUGUGACAUGUGUCACCAAGCAGCUGAGGCUAGCAGAGGGUAUGAACCUACAUCACUCUUGUUUGCAUUGCACUUGGACAUUUGGUCAAUGGACUUUGAGCAUACAAACCACGUGUUUGAACUUUUCAUUUGUUGUCCUGCUGGUCUCACUGGGGAUCCCUAUGACCUGAAACCAAUUCCAUUGUUGGCAUCUUACUCUUUAAAGCAGCAGCAGAAACAGCUAACUUAUAUCAAAAUGUUCUUUCUCGAAAUGUCUCCAGGCGCUGAUAGUGCAACAGGAGACAGAUCAUCUGUGAAAGAAAUCCACCUCCACCCAAUGACCCUCCUGCUAUCUGCAGAAAUGCACUGCUGGUUUCAGGUCAGAAGCAACCAAUCAGGGCCAGGAGGAGGGUUUCAGUACUGUAAAUCAUGCUUGUAUAUGCACUGCUGAAGAUUGAGGGUGGAGAACAACUUAUUACUGGUCAUGCUAUAUAGGUUGAGCAUUCAGGACAGGCUCUUCAAUGAGGCAGAAAGCAAGGAGAAAUGGAGUGAACAGUGCAUACAUGAGCCUGAUUGACGGAGCUAAGACUCUCUUCCUCGCUCUGAUUGGAAGUUUCUGACCUAGUGGUGUAUUUCUGCAGAUGGCAAUAGAAGAUCAUCUGUCACAUACGACAUUCUGACACUUUUAACAAACGUCUAAAAGACAAGUUGUGUAUAAAAGUUUCCUGCCACAGAAUUCGCCCAUAUCAACCUCUUAUCCCAUAAAUAUUAUCUUGAAGUUUUAUAAUCAAAGGAUUGUUAGUUUACUAUUUUGUAAUCUUAUUUCUAUUUCUAAGUCAAAGUUUAAACAUUCAGAAAUUACUUACAACAUCCCACAUGUAGCUUGCGAUUAGUCAGAAUUUUAAAUCUUGGGUUAUAAUCUGGUGUUCUGGUGUAAUAAUCAGACAGAUCAAUGAGUUAAUUUUAUUGAUCUGUCUGGUUUAGACUUUAAAUGUAGAAACCAAAAUCUCUUUAUUCAGCUUAUUUAUUUGUCUUUUCAGUGCUUAUUCCGUCUGACAUUUCUCUUCAAAGAGUCUUCAAUUGUUUGUGAGAUUUAUCUUUGUUUUUGUUCCUUUGCUUAAUUAAUUAUUGUAGAUCUGACAUACAAUAACUGAUUGUCAAUAAAAUCUUAUUACGCUGAA